AUGAGCCAAUCUAAGAAGGGAGUUUUUUCUGUAUUCAAGCAAGAAGGCAAUAGUAGACAAGCGCCAUUCUAUUGUCGCUGGACUGAAGAAGAGGAUAAGCUGUUAUUUGAGGCUGUUGAUUUGCAUGGUCCUCACAAAUGGUCCCUCAUUGCUCGCCAUAUUCCCGGUCGCACACCUGUUCAAUGCUCAACUAGAUGGCUCGGUGCCUUAAAUCCUCAUGUUCAUAAAGGUCGUUGGUCAAAGGAAGAAGAUGAGGCCUUAACAUCUGCAGUCAAGCCCUAUUUGAAUGAUGCAUCAAUGACUGAAGACAAUCUACCAUGGAGUCGCAUUGCACAAUACAUUCCUAACCGCACUGGUAUCCAAUGCCAGGCACGCUGGACCGAGGCAUUAGAUCCUUCUGUGAGAAAAGGGCGCUGGAGAAAAGAAGAAGAUGAUAUGCUCAAAAUUGGCGUUGAGAGAUUUGGAUGUUGUUGGAUUCGAGUUGCAGGAUCAAUCCCGGGUAGAACACAACGCCAAUGCAGAACAAGAUGGAACCAAAUUCAGUCCAAAAGACAAAAGUCUCAAGAAGAUGCAACAAAACCAGUUAUCAUCAAGAAACAGCAGCAAAAGAAAAAGAAGCGCGCUGAUGGUGAUGUUGUACAAUGGAAGCCCUCUUGUCAACAAAAAGCUAUCAAUGCUUUAUCCGCUACUCCUAUUCAAUUGGCUGUGCCAGAUCAAACACCUUACAUUCUACUGAGCAAGCAGCAACAAGCCAUCGUAAUCCCCUCAGAAAUCCUCUCUCCUUUGCAAUCUCCCUCUUCCUUCUCAUCCUCUUCGUCGUCAUCUGUGGACGAAGAAGAGGCGGAUGACUAUUUCUGUACUUCUCCAGCAUUAACAUGCUCCUCCAGUGAUACAUUCAUCUCCAACAAUAACAAGCAUUCAUCACCCAGCGCUUUGACAGCCAUGGAUGCCGCUAGCCUCUUGGAUGAUUUCGAUCAAUCAUUCACCACAUAUGCAACUGACAAGACCAACGACACCAAUAAUCACGAAGCAUUAUUCAACUCUUUGUUCUCUAAUGAGCUCUUGAGCCAGUUCGACCCUGAUUUGCCAUCGCUCAUGUUACUCGACGUUCCUUUCAACCACAAUCAUACACAACAACCACCUCAAGUACAACAGUUAAAUGCUACAAUCUCGCUGGAGAAUUUACUGUUGGAUUCUGAGCUUUUCUUGAACUACAGUCCUUCUGCCACCGAAAACACUGCUAUAUCUGCUUAA